AUGAAUGAAAACAUUGAAGAAAUAGAAAAACUUUUAGUCAAGCCUAAAGAAUGGAAGUAUGCAGGAGAAGUGGAUAUUAGAAAAAGACCCAAGAACAGUUUACUAACAGAGGAGGAUAUUGACUUCAGGCAGGGCCCUCCACUCCUCCCGUUUUCUUCCAAGCAAGAUAGCGAGAUAGAGAGCAUCACCCUUCAAAGAAUUAGAGAAGGGACAUUUGACAAUCAUGAAUACAAUACCAAGAAGGUGGCUGAGGUUACCGACGAGAUCUUGGAUGUAGAUAAUUUAGAGUUCAAAGAUGUUCUUUCUCUUUACAAUGAGAUAGAAGGAGAUCUCAUGCAAAUUGUAGACUUUGGGAAUAAUGGAUUUACACCCGAUUGUGAGAUAAAAAUUGUCCAGGAGGAAAAGGCUUCUCUUCCCAAAAAGAGGCUUGAAGUUAAGUCUCUAGACAGAAUUAGAAAUGUUACAGUCCUAAAGAAAAAUUAG